AAACCAAAACUUCCUUCCGCACGUCAUUUCCUGACAGGUACAUGAUAUAGGUUUCUGAAAGAUCACGCAAAGAUGCAGAAAUAGUUCAAUUGAAUGCCUGCCAAUUUAACCUUUUCAGAUGCUGCCUGACUGAGCAAUUUCUUCCAGCACUCUAAGCCUUAAUAUUGAAUCGAUCAUUGCAAUGAUUGUUAAGGUGAAGAGUGUUAGGCGGAUGAAAGCGACUUAGAAAACAGUCUCUGAAAAUUGCGGGAGGUUUGAAUUAGCACAGUUCCUUGUGAAGAGAAAGCACACAAGAAGUAAAAUCCAUCGAACCGUGGCUGCGUGGGAGACUCUUGCCGAUCAUGUCGGUUUCCUUUGCCGUGGUGGAAAACAAAACUACCUUGGACAAUGAAACUCUGGAGAUGCUCUCCAGUCCGACCAUCAAGAACGCUCUUCCCGUCGUCUACCUCAUCGUUGCUAUGAUCAGUUUGCCCGGCAACGGGUUCUCUCUGUUCCUGCUUUGCCAAACUCAGCCGAAGACACCAUCCAUCAUCUUCAUGAUCAACCUCACCAUCACCGACCUGGUGCUCGGUAUCUUCCUGCCCUUCCAGAGCAUGUACCAUUGGAGCGGAAACAACUGGACGUUUGGGUCGAGCCUGUGCAGUGUGGUUACGGUGCUGUUUUACUCCAACAUGUACUGCUCCAUCAUAACCAUGACCUGCAUUAGCCUGGAGCGUUACGCGGGCGUGGUGCACCCGAUGUACUGCACCAGAUGGCGGACAAAGAGGUACUCCGUUCUGGUUUGCUUUGGGAUGUGGGCGGCAGUCCUUAUCGCCUUGCUGCCUCUGGAGAUGAACGACUUGACUUACCAGGUCGACGUGCUGAAUAUCACCACGUGCUUCGACAUCUUGAGGGCGGACAUGCUUCCUUCCAAAGAGGCCUGGGCCGCCUUCCUCUUCACCUUGUUCUUGGUUCUGUUCCUCAUCCCCUUCUGCAUCACCGUGUACUGCUACAUCCGCAUAAUCGCCAAGCUGAUCAGGACAUCCUCGUACCACGGCUACGAGCAAAAGCGGAGAGCGAUUUGCUUGGCGCUGAUCGUGCUCUUGGUGUUCAUCACUUGCUUCGCCCCGAACAACUUAAUCCUUCUGGUCCACAUGAUCAAGCGCAUCUUUUACGCGGGGGGCAUUUACAGCGCCUACAAGAUCACCCUUACCCUGAGCUGCUUGAACAGCUGCCUGGAUCCCUUCAUCUAUUAUUUUGCCUCCAAGGAGUUUCGCAAGAAGCUCAGGACCUAUUUUGGCUUUGCGAACGUCUCGAGUCAAGGAAGUUUAACGGAAUACAGAAGGGAGAGCAUGCUCUCCAUGAGAUCAGGGCAGCACCAGCACAAUCUGGAGGCACAACUCUCUUUGAAUAAAGCAAAUGGAACGGCGUAAGCCAACAGCGCCAGGAGAAACGCUGUGGUAGCACCAAUCCCCAGGUCAAAUUAACCUGAUGGAAAUAUUAUUUAGCCUGAUCGACAUCUUUCGAUAUCGACAAUAAAACUAAUCAACGCUGCAAAUGUUUCUUCUCUGCGGCUGGGAAAUGGUCGAAUUCCAAAAAAUAGAUGUCUAUGGUUAGGACCAUAAGAGGCAGGAACAGAAUUAUGCCAUUCGGCCCUUCCAGUCUGAUCCAUGAUCAAGUGUUAAUUCCCAGAAUUGAUGUAUAUUUGAACGUGAGGAAUUGAGUGGACUCCUCAAUUGGAGUCAAAGGACUCAAGGCUCCUGCUCAGUGGCAACUGUGAUUGUGAAACUAUAACUCAUGGGGAAUGGAGCAUCGGACAAAGGAGAUUUGCAAAGAUAACCUGCAGUGUUUCCAGAGAGAGAACGUUGCCCGCGAUUGCUGGCCACUGGAAGAGAAGUCCACAAACACAUCUUGAGCUCGCUGUGGACAUCUUGGGCUCACUGGUUGCAGUUCUGGAUCACAAAGUUAGGACACUCUGAUGAUAGGGGUGGGAGAGAAGAGGAGGCUUGGGAUGUCAGUUCUAAAAAUUGCACCGAGGUUUUUGGAAAGGGCUCGUGGGAAUCCACCCUCCCCUCUUUUGGUGUGACGUUUUCUUCCUGUUUUUUUUGAUCAGAUGUCAAAUUCUUCCUACACCCGCUGAGUUACUCCAGCUUUUUGUAUCAAACAUCUGUGGGGUUUUACUCUUUGUCGCACACGGGUUUUUAAGAUAUCUUUCGGCAUAUAUAUUAAACACGGUCGUACAUUGUACAUCAAAUAGCCCUUGCUUUCCCUCUCUCUCCAUCCCCUCCCCUUUCCCAGUUCUCCCACCAGUCUUACUGUCUCCGACUACAUUCUAUCUCUGUCCCGCCCACUCCCCUGACAUCAGACUGAAGAAGGGUCUCGACCCAUUCCUUCUCUCCAGAGAUGCUGCCUGUACGGCUGAGUUACUCCAGCAUUUUGUGUCUACCUGCAUACAUUUCAUUUGCUGCUUUAUGAAUGUGAAUGUUUAUUGUUGCUCCAUCUUGAUGUAAAAAUCUCUUCAGAUAAAGAAUAUAUUUGUA